UUGGUACAGCAUCUCUGAACAGUGGACUGCGUGACAGGGACCAUAAAAUGCGUUGAAAUUGUCUCUCCUAUUACUCUUGAUUUGCGAUGCGUUCCUUAUGGCUAUGAUAAAAAAGGAUUGUUAAAAGGUGUAAUUCUCGUUGGAGAACCGGACUGUUUUGUCAAUGAGAAAUGUGGAGUCGCUCUAUCCAUCGGUGUUAACGCAGAAAAAUAGAAGAUGAAGAAGCAAUUCAAUAGAAUGCGACAGCUCGCCAACCAAACAGUGGGCAGAGCUGAAAAAACAGAAGUAUUAAGCGAAGACCUUCUACAAGUGGAGAAGCGGCUGGAGCUGGUCAAGCAGGUGUCCCACAGCACCCACAAGAAGCUGACCGCCUGUCUGCAGGGCCAACAGGGGGUGGAUGUGGAGAAGAGAUCUGUCAGAUCGCCCUCGAAAAAGCUACCCCUCACAACACUAGCACAAUGUCUGGUGGAGGGAGCAGCAGUGUUGGGUGACGACUCGCUACUGGGGAAGAUGCUGAAGCUGUGUGGUGAGACACAGGAGAAGAUGGCUCUGGAGCUCAUCCUGUUUGAGUUCACCAUUGAGAGAGACGUGGUGGAACCCCUAUACGAACUGGCAGAGGUGGAAAUCCCCAACAUCCAGAAACAAAGGAAACAUUUAGCAAAACUGGUUUUGGACAUGGACUCGGCACGCACAAGGUUCCACCAGUCCUCCAAGUCUGGUAUGUCCAGCAACGUGCAGCCAGGGGCCAAGGGCGAGCACCUCAGGGAAGAGAUGGAAGAGGCAGCCAAUCGAAUGGAGAUCUGUCGAGAUCAAUUAUCAGCAGACAUGUACAAUUUUGUGGCCAAAGAAAUUGACUAUGCAAGCUACUUUCAGACAUUGAUAGAGGUGCAGGCAGAGUACCACAGGAAGUCGUUAGAGCUCCUUCAGAAUAUUCUGCCUCAGAUCAAAGCCCACCAGGAGACCUGGGUGGAAAAGCCGUGCUAUGGGAAACCCUUAGAGGAGCACCUUGCCCUCAGCGGGCGGGACAUUGCCUUCCCCGUCGAAGCCUGUGUCACCAUGCUGCUGGAGUGUGGCAUGCAGGAAGAGGGCCUGUUCAGAGUAGCGCCCUCUGCCUCCAAACUGAAGAAGCUCAAGGCGUCUCUAGACUGUGGGGUGAUGGACGUGCAGGAGUACUCUGCAGACCCUCACGCCAUCGCAGGUGCUUUGAAAUCCUACCUACGGGAACUCCCUGAGCCACUGAUGACCUUUGAACUUUAUGAUGAAUGGAUCCAAGCUUCUAACAUUCAAGACCAGGACAAGAGACUCCAAGCCCUCCUCACAGCCUGCGAGAAGCUACCCCUGGCCAAUGGCAACAACUUCAAGUAUUUAAUAAAAUUCCUCGCCAAGUUAGAUGACUACCAGGAUGACAAUAAAAUGACUGCUGGGAAUAUUGCAAUAGUCUUGGGUCCCAACCUGCUGUGGACAACGCAGGAAGGGAACAUUACUGAGAUGAUGACCACUGUGUCCCUGCAGAUUGUAGGCAUCAUUGAGCCCAUCAUCCAGCACGCUGACUGGUUCUUCCCUGGAGAGAUUGAGUUUAAUGUCACAGGAAACUAUGGCAGCCCGGUCCACACCAACCACAACGCCAACUACAGCUCCAUGCCCUCUCCGGAUAUGGACCAUUCCGAUCGCAAGCACAAUGACCAGAGCCGACGUCCGCUCAGUGUGGCCACUGACAAUAUGAUGCUAGAAUUCUAUAAGAAGGAUGGCAUGGGGGUCAGGGUGAUGGACACUUCUUGGGUGUCGCGCAGGGGCUCGUCGUCAGUGCGUAAAACCUCCUCCACGCCCCCGAGUAUGCAACCCCCCCUCCCUCCCUCAGACGCUCUCAUACCUGAGCAGGGGGAGCUCUCUGCGUCCCCCUCACCAACACCUCCUCCCGCUGGCAGCGACCGUGCCAGUACUCUAAUGAACAAGGAGCUCUCUCCAGUGAUUGGACAGAAGGGAUUCCAGGGAACAGCACCCUCUGGUGGGCCAUCACAGCCCUCUUCUGAACAUAGCCCUCACACCCUGAGAAGAGCUAAAAAGCUGGCCCCCAUCCCACCUAAGCACUACUCUCAGUCUGGGGGAAUGUCUGACCAGUCCACAGGUCAACCCUCUCCAGUCAGCCUGUCCCCCACCCCUCCUAGUACCCCUUCCCCGUAUGGCUUUGGCUACCCUCAGGGCUACGCCACCAUCGGCUCUCCUGGACAGGCCCAGACCGCCACCCUCUCCUCCCCUCCCUCGCUAGCCGGCACCCUCACCAAGGCCAGGCCCACUCCCAAGCCUCCCAGGCAGAGGCCCAGCCUGCCCCCACCGCAGCCCCCCAGCACCCCUGGCUCCAGCCCCCAACCCCUGGAGCACAGUGGUGUCCUGCUGGAUGGAUUGUCUCCUGGGGAGAGCAUGUCCACAGACUCUUUCUGCAACCUGGAUAUCCCCAUCAUCAACGUGGAACUGGAUGGCAUCUUCGAUGAGCCUAAGAUGGUCCCCUACAGGAACUCAGUGGCGGUGGUCCAGCCUACCCCCAAGACAGAGUCAGAGGAAGAGUCUGAGAGCACGAUACUAUGACAUCACGAGUUUCCACCCCCAGCCCUACUAUUCCAGCCUGUUCCCAGGACCCGUUCUCUGACCUUUGACCCAAUGGGACUCACUCCAGACCUCACCUCCACCCAUAGAGACCAAACACCGGGUUCAGCCCUGUAAAACAAAGUUCAUCUUAUAACCUGAAAUAUAUAUGAAUACAUAAAAUACAUACAGUAUAUCCACAUCCAGAGAGUUUCUCUCUGAGACUGUGGGGGGAGGAACUUUUGAUACACAGAAUCGGACACAAUGCUUUGUUUUUAUGUUGACUGGAUUCCUUUGAUUCUGUCUGUGGUGCAUUCAAUUUUAAGAAUUUUCUUUUUCAACAAUAGUGUUUAUUUUUCUUUCCUUUUGGCUUAUUUGAGUCAUUUGCAAUAUUGCCUCUAACUUCACAUACAAGACAUGAAAACAAUUUGCUCGGUGGAAUGGAUUCUACUCUUGUGAGUGUAGUAGUAAAGGAAAGGGACAGUAGAUUUCUGAUUUCCUCUCCCUGUCAUCCUUUUGAUGCCAUCCUAAACCAUUCCUCGUACUUUGAGAUCACUGGCAACCCCUUGUUCCUUCCUGGCUGAAUGUGUGUUUGUGAAUUGUGUGAUGUGUUUGGAAAUGUGCUGCAUCAUUAAGUGGCGAGUUCUGCCAUAGAAAAUAUAUAUGGUACUGCAAGACCAGUUUGAGUUUGAAUCCCCAAUCACACUCUUCGAAGGGAGAUUAAGAUUGCAUUUGGCUGUUAGACGGGAAGUUAAAUCUGGGUAAUAUAGUAUUUACUAUUUAAAAUGACUGUUUAUACUGUACAUUUCAGAGUAUAUUAUAUUAAGUGAUACAAGAGAUAUUAUAUGUGUCAUAUAAUAUAAGAAUACAACCAUAGGUAUACAGAUAUAGAAUUAUAAAUACGGUAUACAGAUAUUCUAUAGUAUAGCAUGUACUUAAUUGUACAUUAUCAUAGGAGAGGCUGUAGAGGGAAUGGGACAUAGAAACAUAACAAACAGAAUAAUUCUAUAUAAAAGGAAUGGAAUGCUGAAAAGUGAGUAUGAGUGGAAUGUGCAGGGUGGGACCAUACCUCCUCUCUGCACUCAGCCUCAGCUUCUUUAACGAGCGCCCUGAGAGCCUUAUCUGGCAAGAGCCUGUCACUGGGGAGCCUGCUCAGCUGUUUGAAAGCCAAUAUUGAAAGCUUUUUUGUUAGAGCAAGUGUGUAUAUGAGUGCGGUCUUGUAUGUGUGGGUGUUAUCCGGAAUAUAGAUAUAUUUCUUCUGGUGCUAGAAUGUGUGUUUAUGUUCUAUCACACAGGGAAUAAGAAUAGGCUCUCAUUGAAAAUAUACGGCGGUUGCUGUUUCAGUCCCCUAUACCCCCAUAUUUAGUAAGAGGAAUCCACCAUAUAAAGGAUUUGAUGAUGAGGAAUGUGAUACUUUGUGCUGAAAGUAUUUAUACCGAUGAUUACGGUGCAGAGGAGUAUGAUUGACAUCCACAACACAUAAUAGCAAUGUUCCAAACUGAUGAUCCAGUGAUGAGGUUCAAAGGUGAGGGGCCCGCCCAUGACCAACACAAACCUAUGGUCUCCUUAGAAACGUUCCAUCCAUAACACUGAUUAGUGUUUGGAAGCCACAACAAACGCUGCUCUUUCAUGCACUUACGUUCAAGUGCUAUAUAUUUUAUCCAUCACAACACUAUUGUAAAUACUGAAGCCUCUGUGUAUGUGUGUAUAUAAAAAGGCGAGGUGAUGAAAUAUAUACAGUACCAUGUAAACGUUUGGACAAAUCUACUCUUGGGCUUUUCUUUAUUUUGACUAUUUUCUACAUUGUAGAAUAAUAGUGAAGACCUCAAAACUAUGAAAUAGCACAUAUGGAAUCAUGUAG